AUGAACAGCUCGGUGACCAGGGCCCAGCCUGUCGGGGUCGCCCUCCCAGAGCCAGAACCUGAGGAGGCUCUGGGUCUGAGCCGCCUGCCUCCGGAGCUGCUCCUGAUGCUGCUGAGCCACGUGCCCCCACGCACGCUAAUCCGACAGUGCCGCCGGGUGUGCCGGCGCUGGCGCGCCCUGGUGGACUGCCAGGCCCUGUGGCUGAUCAUCCUGGCCCGGGACCACCCCGCCCUGUGGCCUAUCGCCCAAAGCCGGCUGCCAUCCGCCCGCAACGAUGCCAAUCCCUGCAUCCUGGGCCGCUUCUGUGAGCGCAGACCGAUAGGACGCAACCUCAUCCAGAACCCAAAGGGGGAAGGUAGGGAGCCCAGGAAGGGGGACCUCGCCAAGGGAGACCCUGCAAGCAGCCUGAGGGGCGGCCUUCCAGGGACUUGGUGGGCGGGGCAGGAGCUGGAGACACAGGACCCCACGGGAAACCGGGAGUAG